UCCAUUCAAAACCAGUGGUUUUGAACCCGCUGCGAUGAGGCCGGCAUUCAAUCAGGAUUGUUCCUGUCUCGCUGUCGGAACCUCCCGUGGAUUCGCUGUCUACAACACCGAGCCCUUCCGGGAGCAGUUUCGGCGCGAUUUUGAUGAUGGGGGCAUUGCAAUCGUGGAGAUGCUGUUCCGCUGCAACAUCUUUUGCCUGGUGGGCGGCGGCGCGGUUCCCAAGUACCCACCGACAAAAGCAAUCAUAUACGAUGACCACCAGGGGCGGCCCAUCGGGGAACUGUCCUUCCGAACCAACGGGGUCCCUGUGAAACUGCCCAAGGAUCCCAUCCCUUUCCCGACUCUCUCCUCCUGCCUGGGGUACAACUUUUCAAAACUGCGGCUGCUGCACCCAAUAAAAACCCUGAACAACCCCCGUGGAUUGGUAGCACUGUCCCCCAACGCCCAACCAACUGUGCUGGGGUGCCCCGGGCUGCACCCCCGCCAGGUGCGUGUGGAGCUGUACGAUACACGGCGCACCAAGUUUGUUACAGCGCACAACUCCUGCCUAGCAGCCCUGGCGCUUAGCAGCAACGGAAAGCUGUUGGCCACCGCGAGCGACAAGGGCACGCUGGUACGCAUCUUCUCCACAGGAGAUGGUGCAAAGUUGCGGGAGCUGCGGCGGGGCUCCGAUCCGGCAAAAAUCUACAGCCUGGCCUUUAGCCACGGUGACAUGCCCAACUGGGUGGCUGUCACAAGUGACAAGGGCACCGCGCACAUAUUCAGCCUAUCUGGCAGGCGGCAGCAGGCAGGCGGCAGCAGGGACGCCACGACAGGCGUGCAGUCUUACCUUCCCGUGGGCGCCUCGUACUUCGCUUCUGAGCGGUCGUUUGCCCAGCUGCGGCUGCCUGACGCUCACCAUGCCCUGGUGGGGUUUGGCAAAGACCCCACAACGGUGCUCGUAGUCAGCGCCACUGGCGGCAUCUACAAGGGCAGCUUUGAUCCGGAACAGGGGGGGAGCUGUGACGUUCAGUCCUUUGUGCAGUUUGAGGAGUCAUAA